AUGAAUUCAGAUCGCAGUUGGAUGUAUAGUGGGAGACUGGUCAGAGGAUUGUUGACUGAAGGGUACAUCAGUAACGUUAGGGAGUUUUUGAACUUUGCUGUGCAACACCCCGAGUGUAUGAGCGGGGCUCAGAUAAAAUGCCCUUGCCCUAAACCCAAAUGCCGGAACACUGCUUUUCGAACUGUUGACGAAGUGGAGUUUCAUCUCUACACAGACGGGUUUGUGAGUAAUUACCACGUCUGGACUCACCAUGGUGAGGAAAAUAGGAGGGUCGAGGUGCCUGUUAAUGUUCUGCAAGCGGACAACAUGUGGGAGCAUAGAAAUGAAGACGAGGGUUGCAGUUCAUUCCAGAGAAUGGUUACUGAUGCGGGUGGUCCCGAAGUUUGGACAGAAGAGCCUCCGAAUGCAGAAGCUCAGAAGUUUUAUGAUAUGAUGCGUGCGGCCGAAGAACCCAUAUGGCCUGGGAAUGACAGACACUCCGCUUUGUCUGCAGCCGUAAAAUUUUUAGAAUUCAAGUGCCGAUUUCAAGCGUCUGACGGUCUGAUGAAUGAAAUGAGCGAGUUUGUACAUCAGCUGUUGCCUAAAGACAACAAGUUAGCCAAAAAUUCGUACAGCAUUAAAAAGCUAGUCAGAGGGCUUGGGCUUCCAGUUGAGGUGAUUGACUGCUGUAAAAAUAUGUGUAUGAUAUACUGGGGUGACGAUGCGGGUUUGACUUUGUGUAAAAGGUUGUACGCUUCUAGGGCAACAGCUAAACAUAUGAGGUGGCACGCCGAGCACGAGAUGGAGAAUGGUGUGAUGAAUCAUCCGUCUGACUCGCCAGCUUGGAAACACUUUUCGGAGUUACAUCAAGAUUUUGCAGCAGAAGUUAGAAAUAUCAGAUUGGGGUUGUGUACGGAUGGGUUUCAACCAUUUGGUGCAUUUGGGCAACAAUACUCGUCAUGGCCGGUAAUUGUGACUCCGUAUAACUUGCCUCCUGGCAUGGCCAUGAAAGACGAGUUCAUGUUUCUAACGGUUCUUGUUCCCGGACCCAAUAGUCCAAAAGGCAGUUUGGAUAUUUUCCUACAGCCGCUAAUAGCAGAACUGAACCAUUUGUGGGAAUUUGGGACGCGGACAUAUGACAUUCAUAGGCGGCAAAAUUUUCAAUUGAAAGCCGCUCUUAUGUGGACGAUCAAUGAUUUUCCGGCUUAUUCAAUGCUGUCUGGAUGGAGCACAUCGGGUAAACGGGCAUGUCCUCACUGUAUGGAAGAAACUGAUGCAAUUACCCUUCCGAAGAGUGGUAAACAAUCGUGGUUUGAUUGCCACAGAAAGUUCUUACCACCUGAACAUUCGUACCGUAAUAACACUACGGAUUUUAAAAAGGGCUACAAAGAAAGAAAAUCAUUCAGGGGAUACAGAACUGGAGAGGAAAUUGAACAAGAGAUUGAUAGCCUUGGUUUUAAAAAGGCAUACGAGGUUGGAGCUCAGGAGACGAAUGCUCAUAAAUCAAAGCAUCAUGGGUGGCAUAAGAAAAGCAUAUUUUGGGAUUUGCCGUAUUGGAAAACGAAUAUGAUUCGUCAUAAUCUGGAUGUCAUGCAUACUGAGAAAAAUGUAUUUGACAACAUUUUCAAUACAGAUUUCCCUGAAAAAUGGGAGCGUUUUGAGCAGGAGAUGUUGGCCGCUACACAGACAGCCGAGGGGAGUACAGCAUCUACCCCAGUGGAUCCGGACGAAGUUUAUCUUGCUGUUGAGGGGGUGAGGAAGCGGCGUAUCUACGGAUUAGGCUCAGUUGGUUCUGAGUACGUAGCCUCGCAGCGGGGUACUUCUAGUAGACGACCCGGCAGCUCCUCUCAGACCAUGUCGCCAGCCGACGAUGCGAGGUUCCGCACUGAUCUCAUCGCUCAGUUUGCGGAUACGAUCCGUGAUCAAGUCCAGAUUGCGGUUGCAGCGGCGAUGCAGCAGAUGCAGCAGCGGGCCCCGGGAGAUGUUUUACCCACUCCUCCACCACCGCCUCCACCACCGCCUCCACCGGCUACUGAUGACGUUGUCCCAGAUGACGACGUCACAGAUUUGUAG